UACAUCAUAUUAUUUUGUAUUGAUUAUAUUAAAUGGAUAGACAAAACUGUGGUAAAUACCGUUUAUUACUAUUUACUAUUGGUUCCAAAACUUUUAGAAAUGUUACGUUUAUUUACUCAAAUUUUUCAUGUGGGUCGAGGCCACAAAGCGCGUGUAAAUAAAGAGCUUAGACACUUGAAUUUCAGAAGAGAAAUAUGAAGGAUGUUGUGUCCAUUCCAAACAAUUGGGAUUAAUCUGUCUGUAGAUCAAGGGGGCCACACACAGACAUCUCGCGCCGCGGGCUGUUUGCGCGUGUUUCGGUCCUUCAUAUGGCCACUUAAAUGUCCUUUUGAACACACAUCCCCUUUUUAGUCACGGAAACACAAUUUAUGUCCAUUAUGUCGCAUUAUAGAUCGCAUCUACAGAAGCCGAGAGUCGUUGCCGAGAGAUAUGUGAUUCAUUUCAAGGGGCCACAACUCCGAGAGGAACGAAAACAACCUGAAAGAGUUACGACUAAAGACACGAGGGGCAUGUUUGUUAAUGUUUCAUUCAAUUAUUGUUAAGUGGAUCAGACUAUAAAAAGAAACACUCGAAAACAAAACAUCCAAUCGCAAAUGGGAUUGGACCACCCGGAAUCAAAGAGUGAAUGAGUGAGUGAGUGGAGUUUGGUUUGGGUGGGUUCAGGCGUUUACAGUAGUUCAGUCAUGUACGCCCAUUAUAUCAGCAUCUGACCAGCAGCCCCCUUACACAAACACUCAUACACACUUCUCAUGAGAGCAGCUUCAUUUGCCUUUGCCAUACACAGCCUUUAUAUUCAAACAUAAAGGCUCGUCGUCAUCCUGGACGUCUCAUGAUGUUUGACAACUCACAGUAUCCUUAUAACUGUUUUAACUAUGAUGGAGAUGGAUACCCCACAUGUGGCACUGAUGAAGAAAAGAAAGUGUGCCGACCGGCUUACAGUUACAUUGCACUAAUAGCAAUGGCAAUACAGCAGAGCCCAGAGAACAAAGUUACCCUAUCGGGAAUCUACGAGUUCAUCAUGAAGAGAUUUCCUUAUUACAGAUCCAACCAGAGGGCUUGGCAAAACUCCAUUCGUCAUAACCUCUCUCUAAACAGCUGCUUUAUAAAGGUGCCCCGCACAGAAGGUAACGAGAAAGGAAAAGGUAAUUACUGGACGUUUGCCACAGGCUGCGAGUCGAUGCUGGACCUCUUUGAAAAUGGCAACUUCCGACGUCGCCGCCGCAGACGCAACUUAAAACUGGGCCUCAAGGAGCCGGCUGAACCCUUUGUUGCCAUGGACACACAUCAGGGACCUGCAGUAAGAGCCAUGGAUUCAGAUACUUUCUGCCCCAUGAACACUACUCACAGACCGGCCCGAAUCAACCAGUCCCUCGGCAAACCCGAACCCGAGAUCAAAUUCAGCAUUGACUACAUUCUCUCCACACCGGACCCUCUGCCGGGCUUCAGGGCCGCUAACAGUGUGACUGGAGCCAUGAUCCACCAUCUGGAACCACAGCAUCUUAAUCUGCACUUCUGGACCAUGUAACCAAAACUGAACCACUUAAAGCUUCUAUAGCGACCAAAAAACUCUUUUAAGAUUUCCCAUAAUGCAACUAGGCUUGUAAUUAGGCACAUGCAGUGUUUUACGUGCUGGCGCUGAUAUCAGUGACUCUUUCUCGCUGUGGUUCAUGUAAGCAUUUAACAGUAAGUUAUUUCAUUCUUCAUAAUUAGAGUGUUGGGAAUCUGUUAGCUGUGUUCAUCACUUCACCACAAGAACUGUGUACAAUUUUAAUCACUUUACAGUCUUUGGUAGUGAGUGUUCUUGUAUUGGCAAAGCAUUAUAGCAAUGCAAAAGUCAAGCAUUCAAUCCCCAAGGAACACAUACAGUAUAUAGUGAUUGAAAAAAUUGUAAAGAUUGGAUGCACUGUAAGUCAAUGUAGAUAAAGGUAUCUGUUAAAUGCAUAAAUGUAAAUCUAAUAAUGCAUACAUGAUGAAAAUGAUUAUUUAGAAGCAGAUGCUUAACUGUAUUUUUCUUUAAAUGGUAAAACUCUUUUGCACACCUGAAACGCGUUGGUGCUGGACCAUUUAGUGUUUGCAAACAAAUGCUUAAACAUAGCUAUGGGGUUAAUGGAAUCGGCAUUCCUUGCUUACUGCAGAACUGCUGAAUAACUCUAUUGUUUACAUACGCUGUUUAUAAUGUUUAUCAUUGGCCCUUGACAGUCUGUGAUCCGUAUCAAUCACUGAUAGACUGAAAACAAGCUCCUGAGGGCAACACUACAGCACGCCAGCACUUAAACUUUCCCUGGGGUGUUUUAAGAUCUUGUUUUGAAUCUGCACUGUAAAAAUUUCUUCUUGCACUUACAUUUUUAAGUUUUAUCAAUUGGAAAAUUACAAUUAAUUCCAACUUUCUUGACUAGUGAGGAGUUGCUAUAAAUUAUGAAAAUAAAGUCGAAAAUAAAGAAAGAAAAUAAAACUCCUCACUAGUCAAGAAAGUUGAAGUGAUAGGGAUGCAUAACGAUUAAUCGCGAUUAAU